UUUCCUCCCCAAAAUUUUCAUCUAAAGCCAUAAUCGUCAUUGUUAAUUUCCUGAUCCCCCUCCUUCUCUCUCUACGCGUCAAUGGCGACCUCGAAUUUCACUCUUCUACUUCUUACUUUUUCUCUCCUUGCCGUCUCCGCCGCCGCUAGACCAUGCAAAACCCUAUUCUUCAUCACUUCCACUUCCUAUUAUCACAUCCCCACAACCACCAAUUCUCAAAACCCUAACCCUAAUUUCCUCCUCCCUAACCCCUCUAUUUCUCCCCAAUUCCUAACUUUCUCCUUCAGCUCCAUCAGUUUCCGUGACGGCAGUUCAAAAUUCGGACUCAAUAGACCCUCAAUUUUCCUCCGGAGAUCCGACCCGAUGCUAAUCCGUGGACCCGACCCGAUCUUCUACGAUAGGGACGACGCCGUAGAACAGGUGGAAGAAGAAUUGGAGAGUGGAUCUUCGCCGUCGAUGAUGAUUCCGGUGGAAUUUUACUCGUCGGUGACGAGCUCCGUUCGUGAUCGCUCAAAGGAUAUCAUGAGAUUCGUCGGAGCUUUGCUUUUUGGCGUAGGCUGCGGCGCGUUGACCUUUGCGACGAUGUACUUGAUCUGGUCCCUUUUCUGGCCCAAUCGCUUUGAUUUUGAGGAUUCCGAGGAUGACAGUGGUGAUGACGUUAGUCCUAAGAAGAUGGGAUACAUAGCGAUUCCGACUAAGGUUGUGGAUGAUGAGUUGAAGAAAGCUGCUGCUCCGGCUAAAGAAGUAGUAUAAGAGGAGGUGUGUAAUUACGUGAAUGCAUUUGUUAUUGAUGCUUCGAAAUUUGAUGAGCAAAUGCGUUUAAUUGUACUGUGACUUUGUUGUUCAUAUUAGUAUUGAAAUGUCGCGGAUCAUGUGAAGGUACUAUUAAAUAACUAUAAUCGUGUCAUGGAGCAGCUCGACCUCCAUUUUCAUUGGGUAAUAAUAUACAGUGUAUCACGAUGAACAAAUAUCUCAAUUAUGAUGGUUUCCCUCCUGCAUUUGGAUAUUGAA